CAGCAGCAUGAGGAGGCGGUAUAUAGGGGCCUAUGGCAGAUUAGGGGCCUGGCAGCAGCUAUGGGAGGCCCGUAAUCUGCCAGCACCCUAUGUCAAAAAAUUCUACACACCAGCAGUGUGUGAGGAGACCUGAAAGUGGCACAUGGCAGAGUGUGGCGAUGGAGACAGCAGCAAUGGGAGGCCGCCAUAAUCUGCCAGCACCCUAUGUCAAAAAAUUCAACACACCAGCAGUGUGAGGAGACCUGAAAGUGGCACAUGGCAGAGUGUGGCGAUGGAGACAGCAGCAAUGGGAGGCCGUACAGGGACCCAUGACAGACUCUGGACCUGGCAGCAGCAUGA